UGUGAAGUGCCUUGUGAACCUCAGUCCACUGGGCGUGUGGCACAACCAGAGCCACUCAGACCCAGCCCUCAACAUGCAGGUGGUGACUGCUCUGGGCCGUGCCUGGCACCCUGAGCACUUUGUUUACGGUGGCUGCUCCACAACCCUGGGAGGCAGCAGUUUCUUUGAGAAGGAUGGAGCCCCCUUUUGCCCGAAGUGCUACUUUGAGCGCUUCUCUCCACGCUGUGGUUUCUGUAACCAACCCAUUCGACAUAAGAUGGUUACGGCCCUGGGCACUCACUGGCACCCAGAGCACUUCUGCUGCGUCAGCUGCGGGGAGCCCUUUGGAGAAGAAGGUUUCCACGAGCGUGAGGGCCGCCCCUACUGUCGCCGGGACUUCCUGCAGCUGUUUGCCCCGCGCUGCCAGGGCUGCCAAGGCCCCAUUUUGGAUAACUACAUCUCGGCGCUCAGCGCGCUCUGGCACCCGGACUGCUUCGUCUGCAGGGUGCGCAGCUGUGGGAGCGGAGCCCGGGACCG